AUGGAAUCAGUAUCACCCAAAACUGAGUCGAAACAGUGCCUCCGAGCCCGCAUAUGGACAGCCUUCGUGCUUUUCUGCCGCUGCACCACUGUUCGUGGUCUAGGCAAGCUGUGGCAAGGUCCCACCUUCCUUCGCAUAAUCUGGGCCAUCUUUGUGGUUUCAAUGAUGUGUGUCCUCCUCAUCUCUGUGGUCCUCUUAAUCCUCGAUUUUCUGGCCUACGACGUCGGUGUCCACACUCGUCUUCUUCUGGACGAUCCGUCGCCUUUUCCGGCACUCACGGUCUGUCAUCAUUAUCCCUUUUCCAUGCGAGCACGCAAGUUGUGGCAAGAAAAGAAGGUCCUCUCACCCGGUCAGUUUAAUAGAUAUAUGAGGAACCUGACAUGGACUAAUCUCCUAAAUAAUGAUGUCAGUGCGGCCGAAGCUAUCACAUUUUACGACAGUCUAUCAGUCUACUACCAAAAUCUCAGCCCAGAGGAGGCAAAAGCACUAGGCCAUGAUCACCGGAUCUUUCUCAACUGCAUGCGCGUCUCUUCACAAACCUCCAUUUUCGAGGAUGAUUGCCGUCUACUGAAGGGCUACCUUGUCAGACAGUUUUCCCACCAUCAAUAUCUAAAUUGUCAUACCUUUGAACCAGCUGAUCAAAAAGAAGCGCUGGAGACAUCAUUUCUUAGUCUCAUGGUUAGUAUGGGGCCCAAGGAAAGCUCGGAUCCCGAUGAACAGGCCUUCCUACCAGAUAUAUUCGAGCAGGCGAAGGGCCUACGGGUGGUCGUCCACGAACCGGGCACGUAUCCUGAUCUGGAAAAAUUUGGUCUUCACGCCGAGCCGGGAAAGUUAAAUGAGAUCGGCUAUGAACCGGUGCGAUGGACGAAGAUGAACACGCCCACACGGCCCUGCUUCUAUAAAGCGGAGAAGUAUCACGAUCUUGAAGGUGUCUACAACUACACUCAUGAACAGUGUCUCCUGUUGUAUCAACAGAAGGAGAUUAUAGAGGAUUGUGGUUGUUACUACGUGAUGAAUCCGCGGCCCUCUUUGCCUACCAACGAAAAACCCUAUUGUGGAAGAAUGUGGCCCAAUUUGGAUAUAGAGAAGUUUGUCAAUCGUCUGGCGUGUUUACGAGAUAAGUUAGAUAUUGCCGUUAAGAGAAAGUACGAUGGAAGAGUCUGCUUACCACGAUGUGAAUACUACACCUACGACUCCGCCAUCUCAAUCACCAAAUGGCGGGCACAUAUGUGGCAGUUAUAUUGGCUACGUGUUCAAACUCAGGCCGUGAGAUUGGUCCAGGAGUUUACGCAGAGUAAUUCAGGUAAGGACAUCACAGAAAGUCUUGGCUAUCGCAUGUGGAAGCGGUAUUUAAGCAAACGCAAUCUGAGCGAUAUCCCAAAGGAGGCGACCUGGGUUGACUCCACCCGUCCGCCCGAUGUGAUCAAACAGAUUAAUCUGGAAAUUGAUGAGGGUAUUUCAGCAAACGAUGAUGGCUUUGCUUACAUAGUGCUUAAGCGCAAGUCUCAAAACACCAUCGAUAAUACAGAAAAGUUGGUUCUAACUCUUAACGUUCUAGUCUCCCGAAUUGGCGGGCUCUGUUCAGUCACCAUUGGUAUUACCGCCGCCUGUGUUGUGGAGAUCAUUGAGUUUGUCUACUAUGCAAAAUAUCACAGGAAGACGACUGCCAGUAAGACAAAGUCUAAUGUGGAAAUGACCGAACAGGGAGGUGACAGACAGGUGGAAAAGAACUGUUAA